CUGCGAACAUUUGUUCAGGGCCCCAAAUUAAUACAUGUAGCUAAAUACCCAAACUCUAGACGGGAAGCAUUAUUUAAUACUCCGCCUCCGCGGCUCCGCCACAGUGCUGCCUGACUUCGGCCGUCACCGCCGCCGCCGCCAUCACGAUUAAGGUUGAUGUAGAUGGAGUAAUGGAGCAAAUCACGACAACAAUCUUGAAAGAAACAAGAGUUGAUAAUGAAGAGCAAGAUCAUAAAUCCUGUUAGACCUGUGAGAAACUUUAGAAUCCCUCUUAAGAUAAAACUGUAGCAGAAUUGCUUCUGACCUUAUUUCCAAAUAGUUAAGUUGUCCCUCCAUCCAGUAUGGUUAAACACACUUUCAAAUGAUUGAAAAAGGAAUUAAGUUUAGACUCCCAACAGACACAAAAUUCCUCACUCAACAAUGCAAAGUUCUGAAUCAGCUCAAAAUAUUCCAUGCCAACCUUGUGAAACUCCCCUUCUCAGCCGACACGGCCUCUUUUACUUCUCUCCUAUCAGAUGCUGCAACCUCCUCUAACCUUACCUUGUUCUCAUAUGCUUGUGUUAUCUUCCAAAACCUUCGGUCACGUACUACCUUUCAGUACAAUACUAUAAUUAGAGGAUAUGUGCAAUCCAAGCAACCUGUUAAGGCCAUCUUGUGCUACAAAGAUAUGAUGAAAGAUGGACUUAUUAAAAAUAACUACACUUUUACACCUCUAGUCAAAGCUUGUUCCAUGGUUUCACAGGAGUCUAGUCGUAUAGGUCUGUCAGUACAUGCUAAUGUUUUUAAAAUGGGAUUUGGUUCUGACCUAUUUAUUGCAAGCGCUUUGAUUGAGUUCUAUGCAUUAAAUCUUGACAUGGGGACAGCAGAAGAGCUGUUUGGCGAAAUUCCGGUGAGAGAUGUGGUGCUAUGGACUGCAAUGAUUGAUGGUUAUGGUAAAACGGGAGACAUCAAGAAAGCAAGAGCAUUGUUUGAUAAGAUGCCAGAGAGGAACGUGAUCUCCUGGAGUGCAAUAAUUGCAGCAUAUUCACGAAAAAGUGAUUUCAGAGAAGUGUUAUGCUUGUAUAAAAGAAUGGAAGGUUCGGGUUUGAAGCCUAAUGAGUCGGUUCUUGUGAGUGCACUUACUGCAUGUGCUCAUCUCGGUGCAUUAGCGCAGGGCUUAUGGAUACAUUCAUAUGCUAAGAAAUGCAGGUAUAUCUCCAAUCCUAUUCUAGCUACCGCAUUGGUUGACAUGUACUCAAAAUGUGGUUGUGUGAAACUAGCUUUAACAGUUUUUGAAGAGAUUACGGACAAGGAUUGCCGAGCCUGGAAUUCUAUCAUAUCUGGAGUGGCACUACAUGGGGACGCGAUGAAAUCACUUGAACUAUUUAAUGACAUGGUUCUGAGUGGGACCCGACCAACUGAUGCUACAUUUGUUGCUGUCCUCACUGCUUGUACUCAUGCUAGGAUGGUCCAAGAGGGCCUUUCUCUGUUUGAGAGUAUGAGUAGCGUCUACAAGGUUGAGCCUAAAAUCGAGCACUAUGCCUGUGUCGUAGACCUCUUGGCCAGAUCGGGUGGGAUAGAGAAAGCCGAGAAAUUUAUUGAAGAUAACAUCCAUGGAAUUGGCGAGGGGGAUGCCAAUGUAUGGGGAGCUCUGCUGGGGGCAUGUAGGAUUCAUGGGAAGGUCGAUAUUGGGAAUAGACUGUGGAGAAAGCUAGCUGAUAAGGGAGUUGCUGAUCACGGGAUUCACGUGCUGGCUUAUAAUAUGUACCGGGAAGCUGGUUGGGAACGUGAAGCAAAGAGCGUUAGGAGACAGAUUGAGACGAAACGAAUGAGGAAAAAACCGGGCUGCAGCGCCGUAGAAGUUGAUGGAAUUGUGAGAGAGUUUGUUGCUGGUGAUGUGUUGCAUCCUCAGGCAGGCGAAAUUUGUAAGAUUCUUGAUCUUUUACUGUGUCAUGUAUCGGAUCCUAUAACGUUGUAUGAGUAUGAUGACAGCACUAGGUGAUGAUAAAGUCCAGUUUCUCUAUAUGAUUGUCAAAACAUUUCAUUUUUUCCUAGAAAAGAAAAUAAAAUGUCAAGAUUGAAUUGCGUUA